GCGGGCGCGCUGCCCUCCUCGCUGGAUGCUGCGGCGGCCGCCCGGGAGCAGCCGCGCUCCGCUCCCGGUCCCCCACCGCCGGUGCCGACCAGGGGCCGAGCUCGCCGGGAGCAGCAGCGCUCGGUCUCCGCUGCCGGGACCAGCGCGGCGCGGAGAUGGUGCCGCUGGUGCGGAGCGCCGGGGGCUCCCACCAGUGGCUGGCGAUCGCUUUCCUCGGCCUUUGCUCGUUCCUUCCUCCCGGGAGACUCGCUGCGCCGGGCGGAGACUUCCCCGGGGCUGCCGUGGACAAUCUGGUGGUCAGGAAAGGGGACACGGCGGUGCUUAGGUGUUACUUGGAAGAUGGAGCCUCUAAAGGUGCCUGGCUGAACCGGUCGAGCAUUAUCUUUGCUGGCAGUGACAAGUGGUCGGUGGAUCCCCGGGUUUCCAUCGCCACAGCCAACAGGAGGGAGUACAGCCUGCAGAUUCAGGAUGUGGAUGUGACCGACGAUGGGCCCUACACUUGCUCCGUGCAGACCCAACACACCCCCAGGACCAUGCAGGUGCACCUAACUGUGCAAGUGUCUCCCAAGAUAUUCCGCAUCUCCAGUGACAUCGUUGUGAACGAAGGCAGCAACGUGACCCUGGUGUGUCUGGCCACAGGGAAGCCGGAGCCUUCCAUCUCCUGGAGGCACAUCUCCCCAUCUGCAAAGCCCUUCGAGAGCGGGCAGUACUUGGACAUCUAUGGAAUUACAAGAGACCAGGCGGGGGAAUACGAAUGCAGCGCAGAAAAUGAUGUCUCAGUCCCAGAUGUGAAAAAAGUAAAAGUCACAGUAAACUUUGCCCCCACAAUUCAGGAACUUAAAUCCAGCGGUGUGGUGCUUGGAGGGAACGGCCUGAUACGGUGCGAAGGUGCAGGAGUUCCUGCCCCGAACUUUGAGUGGUACAAAGGAGAGAGGAAACUGAUCAAUGGUCAACAAGGAAUCACUAUUAAAAAUUAUAGUACAAGAUCACUUCUUACUGUUACCAAUGUGACAGAAGAGCACUUUGGCAACUAUACAUGUGUCGCUGCCAACAAGCUAGGGACGACCAAUGCCAGCCUGCCUCUCAACCAAAUUAUUGAGCCUACUACCUCUAGUGCUGUCUCAAGCCCAGCUCCCAGUACAGCCCAGUAUGGAAUCACCGGUGACGCCGAAGUCCUCUUCUCCUGCUGGUACCUUGUGUUGACACUGUCCUCCCUCAGUAGCAUAUUCUACCUGAAGAACAUCAUUCUGCACUAAAUGUAAAGACCAUAAAAGGCUUUUAAGGAUUCCCUGAGAGUGCUGAUGACUGGCUCCAAUCUGGUAGAGUUUGUUAAAAGCAGCGUGGGAUAUAAUCAGCCGUGCUUACAUGGGGAUGAUCGCCUUCUGUAGAAUUGCUCAUUAUGUAAAUACUUUAAUUCCCCUCCUUUUUUUUUGAUUAGCUGCAUUACCUUGUGAAGCAGUACACAUUGUCCUUUUUUAAGACGUGAGAACUCUGAAAUUACUUUUAGAGGAUAUUAAUUGUGAUUUCAUGUUUGUAAUCGACAAGUUUUCAAAAGCAUUCAGUCAUGGUCUGCUGAGUUGCAGACUGUAGUUUACAAAAGAAAAAAGGAUAUUGCAGUAAAAAUGUGCUUCUUUAAGGCUGCAAUACAAACAUUCAGUUCCCUUCUACACAGAAGAAUUUGUUCCAAUUUACACAGAAGCAUUUGUUCUUUUUUGAGUAAAAAAAAAAAUCAAAUAAUAUUGCCUUCAAAGUACUUCUUCAAAAUAUUACACAUAUCUAGAUUUUCUUCUAGCAUGAUAUUCAGGUUUCAAGAAUGAGCCUUGUAUUAUAACUGCAUUGUGCAGUACUGCUUUUGUUCUCUACCCUUUUUCCUGCAAAUUCAGCAUGGUUGUGCCUUCAUAAAACACGACUUUCCUCUUCCUCUCCAACAAAUCUGGAAUGUGUUUUGGGAAAUGCUAAAGCAUCCUUUUGAGCAUAAGAAAUCUCUAGCUGAGGAUGAAGGUGCUACAGGCUACAAGGAAAACCUCCUCUGCCAUCUCCAGGGGGUCCAGAAGCUGCUCCAGACACAGGGUUUAGGUCGAGGGUAGCACCAAGUCCUUUUUGUUUUUACCUCCACCACAACUAACCAGUAGGUGAUCUCUGUAAAAAUUAGUUUUCCCAUUACAAAACAGAACACAAAUUAUUUUGAGGCAUCUUUUGAAUGUAGGAAGGUUUCCUGUACUCAUCCUAAAUCCAAAUUCCUACAUGACUGUAAAUGGCAGAAGCUGAAUCGUCCCCUUUUGUAUUACUGGCAAAACUGAUGGGAAUUGGUAUUUUUCUUGCACUUAAUUUUAUACUGGUUUGGCUAAUUUAGCAAUGAUAAAGGAUGCUUUUAAAUAUUAGAUAUCUGAAAACAUGAAGUAUCAAGCAGAAUUUUAUAUAUACAUAUAUCUAUUAAAAGGAAGUUGCUCCAGUAAUGGUACUGAAGUGCAUGUUGCCGUCCACGGUAGGAUCAUCCUUCCAGGCAGGACUUGCUCACACUGUGCAGGUCCCUCCCCCAGCAGGGCAGUCCCCACACACCAUUUCCUAGUCCUGCAGCCCAUGAGGAUCAAGUUUCAAAACAGUGUAUAAUGUUGCUUUUAUUUUUUAAAACCCCUGGACAGUAUUAAUGUGAAAUGUGCUCACAGUUUACACCUGAUUUCAAACUGCCAUCUGUGGGACUUGCUGGGACAUGACUGUGGCCAACAGUCCUUGAAUCCCAGAUCCCCUCAUGACCCCAAGAGAUCUUGACUUGCUCUCAAACAACUGUUGAUGACACGAAUAACAAAACCAUUAUCCCAGAAUCCCAGACUGGUUUGGGUUGGGAGGGACCUUAAAGCUCAUUCAGUCCCACCCCUACCAUGGGCAGGGACACCUUCCACUAGACCAGGUUGCUCUAAGCCCCAUCCAACCUGGCCUUGGACACUUCCAGGGCUGGGGCAGCCCCCACUUUUCACCAUGAUCAUUCUCAUGUUCUGUGUAGGAGCUCCAGUAGCUGACACAAACAUUACAGUACAACAUUAAUUCUCCUCACAGCAGGUUUUGGCAGAGAGCAGCACCAGCUGAGUCCUGGGUGUACUCAGCAGUCCCAAACUCAGCACAGACACCCCAUUUUUCUGACAAGGAGGACUCUGAGUUUUGCUACACUCAAUAUCUACUGUCCCAAUGUGCAGCCAGAAUAUGCAGUGAGUCUGUUGUAGUUGCUGAUAAAGGGCAUAAACAGAGGUAUGUUGACUCCAAAGAGAUGUCCCAGGUCACUUUGCAUGUUCAGUGACAGACCGAACUGUGUCUCUCGUUAUUUGCAGCCAUGUGCUAAGCAGUUACUAUUUUCAGAACUGUGGCAUUUUUUAAAACCUGGAAUAACAUGACAAAAUCCAUUCUGUAAGGAAAGGGUAAAAAUUCAGCUCAAAUUAUAUUGUACACAACCCUGAUAUUCUGAUCUAUCUUGUAUUGCAGCUUUAAAGUGCUCUAUUUUAGAAUCCAUUCACUAGAAACAGUGGUGCUGCAGGAAGAAUUGUGGCAGUACAGUUUGAUGAAGGAAAAACCAAGGAUAGGGAUAACCCAACCCAUAUGCCUCAUCUCAUGUGGAAUUGAGAGGUGGUUCUAUGCUGUGGCUGGAUCAGAUCCUACAUUUUGGUGAUAUAUUGCAUUCCAGGGAUCCCUGAUAUCUGGAACCUGAUCUUUCCAGCAAACAGAAUGAACAGCAGAUUUAUUAAAUAUGGAAAGAUAAUACAUAGUUAAGUGUUGACUGUUUGCAUUCAGACCAGGUAGAGCCACUGGAUGACAGGUACAAGAUUUUAGUCCUAAGUUUGAAUUUUCAUUUUGGGGGGACAUAAUUAUUGUCAAGUCCAAAAAGAAGAAAAAAAAAAUCCAGCCAAAUUCCCAAAUAUCUCUAAGUGCCAAUGGCAUUCCUUAGGUGACACAGGGAUUGCUGUCUGUGGGAGCUGUGUGCUCAGCAGUGACCUGGGGGUGGGUGAGGCCACUAGGAUGGUUGUCCUCGGGGUCCAUAGAGUUUGGUCUCCUGAAGGUGCUCUCAGACUCUGCAACGCCAAUUUUGGCAGGAUUGGAGCUGGAGGCAGAGUAGAUCAAAUAAAGACACUUGGUUCUUGGUGAAUCCACGCUGUGCAAUGACCUGGUGAUUGUACAGGCUGGGACUUACCGGGGUGUUCUCCAAAAAUGGGCCAUGCUGCAAAUUGAACACAACAUUUCACAUUUUAGGAACUGCAGAAUGAAAGAAUGGAUUGAAAGGGGCCUUAAAGCCCAUCUCGUUCCAACCCUGUAAUUUGUGGGGUGCACUUUAGCCAACUGUUUGGGUGUAUGUUCUUCAAAGUUAUGACCCAUAAUGUUCAUAUCUGUCGGGGAAAUCUUAUUAUAUUUUACCACCUUUCAAAUGCAAAAAAUAAAUAGCUUAACUGAAUAUUAUAUCAAGGUUGUUGUCCACAUGGGAACCCCCGAAGUCUGGAAGCUCCUCCUUGUGCAGUAACACAGGGCUGCCACCCCCAUGGCUCUGGGGCCACACGGAGCAGUGGCGCUGCUGGUCGGGAAUAUGAUCCUAAUACUCAAUGAAAGGAUGUCUCACAACUUCUGCAACAAAUGCAGUUUGUUUCUCAAGGGUUUAGAACUUGGCAGGAUCUGUCAGAGCUAGACAGCUUUUUUUAAACUGUUCAAUAGAUUUUUUUUUCGAAUCAUUGCUGUUUUUAAGACACAGGAGUGUUAAAACCCAUCAUAGUGACAGCUGCUUUUUUGCACAUUUUCUGAGCAAGUGUUCUAGAUAGACAAUGGCAAAUGUUCUGCUACCAAAACCUCCACCGAGUCCACAGAACUGUGUUAUGAAGAAUGUGUAUACCAAAAUAUGUAUUUACAUGGAUAGACAAUAUGCCUUAAAGACUAAAUAUGCAUUUACUUCUAAGGCUGGAUAAAACUUAUGCCCAGUCUGGAGGUAAAUAAUCCAUAUUUCACAGCUGCCAUGGAAGGCUUUGUUUCUUUGGAGAAAAAAGGGGGAGAAAAAGCAUUUCUUUUAAAAGAAUCUUGAAUAAUUUUAAAAUUCUUGCAUAAACUGAUAUAUGUGAGGAAGUUUAGGAAAAGUAUGGAGUUUAGCCUGACACUUCAGCACUGGCAAUGCAGGGUUUGCCGUGGGGGCUGUAGUGCCACUCAAAACCUGGCAUGACCCAUUUGAUGUCCCCUUGUACACUCAGCUCUCAAGUAGCCCUGAGCUGGGGCAGAGUGAGCACUGCGGGAAUGGGGCCACCUCCCCACCCCAUGCUACUACUGGCAACACAAAAAUCGUUUAAAACAAGAAAAUGUUACAAAAAAAUAGAAUUUUAAAAAACCAGGAAUUAAAAAUUCUCCACUCAGCCUUAAUAUUGAGAGCAGACAAAUCAGUAUUGGUGUGGGAGGGAAGAAUUUGCUUUGAAUUUGACCGGCCAUGAGCAUGGCCAUGGCAGGGGCAGGCCUGUAUUUGGGUUUGUUUUGGUCCUUAUUUGUGUUCCUCUGCUGAGCUUUGAGGGCAAGGGAGGGGAUUUAUUCUAUAAUCAGCAUAGUCUAUAAUCUAACUGGAAACGACCAGGCCAAGGCACUGGCACAGGGUCUGGGAAUGGUUUGGGAGGGAUUCUCAGUAAAUCCUGCUCCAAGAGUUCUGUCUGAGCAAGGGCAGGGGAAGUUUUACAGGGGCACCUUCAGCGCUGAGCACGUACCUGUUUGUUCCUAUACCCUUAUGCCUAAUUCAUGAAGAGCUCCAAGGUUCCUUUUUAUUAGAUAAUUCUCAUGUUAAAAAAUGCAGAGAUCAGCACAUUUGCCACUUCUCAUAAGCUUAGUUUUCAGUCAUUCAUAUUUUAGGGCAUAUUAAGCUUCCCCAUCACUGGGUAGGAUGAAAAUCUGCAUUACAGGAUGGGGUGGGGGAGUGAGGGGGGUGAUUCCCACCCAUUCUGAGUGCUCUGCCUUUGUCUGGGAAGGAGCUCAGUGAGGCUGUGGGGUCUCUGAGGGGGGCCUAGAAGGGGUACGCAUCAGUCCCCAGCCACUCUGCAGCCAUUGCACAGUUGCUCCACAAUUCCUGACUGCCUGAGUUAUCCCUGAGGUUUUAAGUCAAUUUAUGCCCAGAGCCAUCCCGGUGAUGGGAGAAAUGCAGGAGGGACCUUCUCCUUGGCUCCCUCCCUGCACAGCGCUGGGUUCUCCCACAGAGUGAACUUUGAACCCCCACAAGCAGCAGUGGAAACCAGCACAGUUAACAGGGAUUUCCUUGCAGUCCCUCAGUGCCUCAGCCCCAGGCAGUGGGAGGCAGGUACACCUUGGCCCCAGUAGCAGAAUAAAUUACACUUCCGCAGCAGCCAGAUUUUAAGGACAGGGAGGAGGGGACAGCACAUUGCUGCUCCAGCCCCAACAGCCACAGGACUUUCCCCUCUUAUCAGUCAAAUAUUAGAGUCCUCAUUAUUCCUACCCCUUCCUAUGCUACCAGAUAACAAACUGCCUGUAAUGAUGAAUAUUCUCCUCAGUAUCUAGAGGGGGAAAUCUGUUCUCUCCUAAUGCUCAUCCAUCCCUCUCUUUAUUAUUUUUCAGCCCAAACCAAAACACAAUUCGCACAUUACACACCACGAUUUAUGUGCAAUAACAUCAGUUUUCCCACUUCUCAGCCCCAUUAGAGUCAGAAACACAUCACUCCCAUUAACCUCCACGACAGCGACUUAAAUGUGAACCACAAGUGAGAAUAACCCUCCAAGAUGAGCUGGAACAGCAGCAGCCUUGAUUUCUGGUGGGUGGCUGAGGAUGAGAUGGCAGGGCCAGGCUUCCCUCCCUCCAUUCUGUAUAUAUGUAUCCAGGUUUUUUAUAUGAAACAGACUUCCCUCUCCUUCAGGGUGGUUAAUUCUGGCUGGGAGGUGCAGCCAUUCAGAUGUGUUUGAUAUUUUGGAUGUCAGUCCAGGUGGAGCCGUGGUACAGGCAGGAGAGCGAAAGGCAGUGGGAGCUGCAGGACAGGCUGGCUGUGCCACUUGAGCCUAAUGAGACAGUUCCUGGUAGGAAUUUGGGCUCAGCAGAAACUGUGGGAGGCAGCUCAGUUCAUUAGGCUGUGAAAGCUUUAAAACCUUCAAGAAACUGGUUCUCCUCUCCCAUUUAAGUGAGUUGCUAAAAGCGCUGAGUUGCUCUUCCAUAGAACUUCGAAUUCACUGUUUCCUUCAUUAUCCUUGACCUUUUUUCAUGUAUUACCAUAAGGAAAAACCAAGUUAACUUCAGAGGAAACUACUGCAAAUUCACCCCCCCAACCUUUUAAAAACAGAGAGCCUGGGGGGCUGGGCCAGGGGAGCAAUGGAUCUAAUUUGCCACUAUAUUCUGUAUAAAGAGGAUUUAAUGUCUACUUGCUAAAAACUACAGAUCGUAAGUCCCUGUGACUCAUUUCUAAAUGACUUUUAGCAAGACAGGUGCACAAAUCCUCCUCAGCUUUGUGUUAUGAGUAGCAGAAAGACAAAUGGUGUGAUGGGACAAGAUGCCUUCCCAUGUGCUGCUCCCAAAGCCUUGGCACCUGUGUCUUGAUCCUCAUCUCUUGGUUCCCUUCUCUUGGCCCCCCUUUCUUUGUCCCCAUCUUUUGGUCCCUGUGUCUUGGUGCUUGUUUUGGUGCUCAUCUCAUGGUUCCCAUCUCUUAGUCUUCAUCUCUUGGCCCCUUCUCUUGAUCCCCAUCUUUUGGUCCUCAUCGCUUCAUCCCUGUCUCUUGGUCUCCAUCACUUGGUGCCAUUCUCUCCCCAGCCACAGAGAAGGGGAAGGCAGGAGAGUGGGAGGAGGAGGCUGCAGCUCUCAGACUAAGCUCCCAACCCAUAACAUGGAGCUUAAAACCAGGCAUCAGGCAGUCACCAAAGACAACGGGAUGUCCUUCCUUGUGCACUGAGGUCUGAGCUCUCACCCUCUCUAACAAGAAGGGCUCUGAGUUCAACCCAAACAAACCCGAAAGCUCCAUGAGGUCCUUCUGACUCAGCCAAACUUCCAUCCCCAAGCUGGACACAUCCACUCUGCCACCCUCAAGGAUGGGGUGGGGGGACAGUGCCCUUCCAUCAGCUGCAGCAGGGCAGGGAUGGCUGAUGAGACAUGGUGUGGAAAAGACACCUGAGUCUAUCGAUUUUUGUCAUGGGAGCUUCAAUAAGUGUCUCAGUCUCUGUUUCAAUGCCUUAAGCACAUUUUUGCAAAAGGCCACGAUGUAAGAGAGUACAUUUAAGAAAUUAAUUUCCCAAAGUUAAUCAUGCUCAGUGACUCGGCUCCGGCACAGCCGCUCCCCCAGCAGCUGUGGCUCCUCAGGAAGUGCGACGGCGGCAGCGCAGUCAAGAGGCUUUGAGGAGUCUCCUGGCGUGGUAUUUCUCUCCAGAAUAUUGCAGAUAAGUCUCUUAAUUCUCCUGAAAAAAAAUCAGCUAAGGGCUUUGACCUUCUGUUUGAAUGCAGAAUUAGCACUCCGGGAAAGGUUAAUGAACAGAAGGGAGUAGGGAAAUUUGCACUGAAAUACUCCUGAAAUGGGUUUAAACACGUGCAGGUCUCUGGGCAGGUCUGUGGCAGGAGGAACUGCUCCCCUUGUCCCCCGUGGCCACCAGGACAACCUUCUCAGAGAGGGAGAAAGGGAAAAGAAGAAGGAGAAUUUCCUGCCAGAGGAUAGGAAGGGACAGGGUUUCACUGCAGGUCUUGCCCAUGGGAGACUUGUCUUGGUUCUCAGCUGAGACCUCCACAGAGAACACAAGACCUUCCUCUGGGCAUUCAAAAUGUGUUUGUUUUCCUGACAAACUGAUCUUGAAUUACAGUUCAUUGCUUUGCUUCCCCAUGAAGCUGAUGCGCAUUCAAAGUAAUUAUUUUGCCAUAUGGUGAAAGGUGAAAAAAUUGCUGUCAGGCCUCUCAUACUCAGCAUCUCAGCCCCUUUAGCAAGGAUCUCUUUUAUGAGUGUUGAUUUGGCCAAUUCAGGUAAAAAAACAACCCAACCUUCCCCCCCCCCACCUCCAGACUUUCUCAAUUUCUGAUUCCUCAUCUGCCCAAAAAUCAUGGCACCACUGCUGUAAAUGACAAAUCAUAAUGGUAAAUACUGGGAUGAGUCCUCAAAGGAAUGGCAAGAACUAAGGCCGAUAUAAUUUAAUAAUUACUUUAUUGUGUUCAUGACUUGUGUCAUCAGAGGUAUUUUACCUGCAUUUAAUGCUCAUGCUUUUAGCAAAACCUGGGAGUUGUGACAAGUGCUUUAAUAUACCAAUAGAUUAUAAAUAUUGUGGGAAGAAAUCCCUUCCACAGGCUGAGGCAGAAAAGCAAAACCAAAGCACACCCCAGUGGGUUGUGAAGCAGGUACUGCUCAGUACCAGGCCAGUGACUUCCUCAUGGAAUCAUAGACUGGUUUGGGUGGGAAGGAACCUCAAAGAUCAUCUAGUGAUGAUCCGGUGACUUUGGAAGGGUUAAUAAGAAUAAAACGAGUAUUAGGAAAAAACCCCCACAUUUGUCAUUUGUUAAAUGUCGAGAGACACCAUCUGAAAACAAAAGCCAAGGCUUGGAGGGAGCGAGCCAAGUCUGUGUGUUAUUAUCCCUUGAAUAUUCAAAAUAUUGUUAUUAAAACAACUUUCAGCUCCAAUUCCAGUGCAAUAAUCACACUCAGUGUAGAGACAUGUAAAGAAUAUAUAUUUGCUCUAUAGCAGGAUGUGUUUGUGCUCCCAGUGUGGUAACGGCAGCUUCACUGGCACCAGGCAGGGGGACACCAGUCAUCCUGCAAUCCCAAAUCCAUCAAACCCUUAAAAGCCCUCCAAAUUUUCUGCAAACCUCAAACCCCAAGGUUUGAGUUGGUGACUAAGGGACAAAGAGCAACUCAAUCAAAAUGAGCCUUAGGCAAGAUUCUGGGAAGGGUUGGGAUUGCUCUCAGCUCCUGUCCUCCACCUUUUCAACUGGGGCAUCUUCCCCUUUUUUCCUGGCUCCAGGAUAAAUUCCUGGAAAUAACAGAAAUAGCAUUCUGUUAGAGGGAACAUCCUAUAAAGGCGUAACAUCCUGAGUAGGAAAUAACACCCAAAUAUCAAAUUCACAUUCAAGGAUGGGUAUCCCAUGCCACUGGAGACUGGAAAUAGACCUGCUGAGGUGUCCCUCUGUGAUGGUGCAGCCCACCCACCUUCUGCCCACACAGGGCUCUGUGGCAGCAGAGAAAACCCAUCCCAGUGUCCCUGUAAACCCAUCCCAGUGUCCCUGUAAACCCAUCCCGGUGUCCCUGCAAACAGUCCCUGCCUUGUCCCACCUCCCGCAGAGGAGGGUGAUGCUCUCAAAGACACAGCACCCAACUCUUAUCAAUAACUUAUGCAAAUGCACUUAGCUAAGUGCUCCCACAGAUGUUCUUAAUUAAACCAGCCCAGCCCAAGCCCACAUGAAGCAAUAACCCCCAAAAUGCCUCCCUGCUCUCAUAUGUUCUGAACCACCGCUGCAGGAUACUCCAGGAAUAUUAUUUUUGUAAGAGUAAACCAUUUGCUAAAUAAGCCACCUGUUAAAUAAACACUCCCACUCUCCAAAUAUUGUUAUUUUGUUUUCCAGACUAUGCACAAUCUGGAUUUAUUUUAGAUGAAAAAAGGUAAUCACUAAAGCAGGAAAAGCCCCAAAAAACAGUAUUUUGACUAUUUACAACUAUCCGUCUUGUGUGCACAUCUGCUCCUUUGCAAGCUGGCAGAGCUCUUCCAUUAAAAGAGAUUCACAGUUCCUUAUUCAGCUGGGGGCUAAUGAAUUUCUUUCAUCAGGCCUCGUCACUCUUCCUUUUUCUUUAACUUCUUCAAGCCUUGAAUUGCUUCUCAUUCCCCCGAGUUCCCUUUCUGUAUCUUCUCAUAGGGACAAAUCCCCAUCCAAGAUCACUUUAGCAAAGUUGCCACGGGAGUAAGGACAGAGUUUGUCUCCUGUUCCAUCAUGCUUUAAAAGCCAAGUUCACCCUUAUCCCACCUCAAAUCUGUCUGUACAGGUACAUCCUGCUGCACCACAGCCCCUGGAAACCUUCAAAUUAGUUUGACAGUAUGGAGGCCACUCAAAAAAAAAAGGCCUCAAAAAAGAUGAAUAGAAUAGAAUAGAAUAG